AUGGCCGAGUUGCCCACCGAAAUCUCCAUCGUGACGCUCAACUGCUGGGGCUUGAAAUACAUAUCCAAGCUUCGCCGCGAGCGUCUUACAGAAAUCGGCCGCCAGCUCGCCAUCGCUGACCCGCAGCCCCAGAUAGUUGCGCUUCAGGAGUGUUUCUGCCACGAGGACUACCUAACCAUCCGGCGCGAAACCCGCUACAUCCUGCCAUAUGGCAAGUUCUACUUUGCCGGCGCCUUUGGCGGCGGUCUGGCCAUCUUGUCCAAGUGGCCGCUUGAGGAGAGCACCAUGUACCGCUACCCGUUAAACGGACGACCCACAGCUUUUUGGCGCGGCGACUGGUAUGUUGGAAAGGGCGUUGCUUGUGCAAAGAUCCGGUACGGCCCGGGGCCAAAACACAUUAUCGAGGUCUUUAACACACACACUCACGCCCCUUACGAAUCCGGCCCCAAAGACUCAUACAUCUGCCACCGCACCUCUCAGUCCUGGGAGAUCUCCAAACUCCUCCGCGGCGCCGCCGAACGGGGCCACCUCGUCCUCGGCCUGGGCGAUUUCAACAUGCUUCCCCUGUCCCUCGAGCACCAAAUCGUCACCUCUCAUGCGCCUGUGCAGGACGUCUGGCGCGUUCUCCAUCCUGACAGUUCCGUCGGCCCAGCCUACCACCAUGCCGAAAAGGCUCGGGGGCGGGCCGUCCCCACAGCCGAGUUUAACAUCCUCGAGAACUGCGCCACCUCCGACGGGCCGUUCAACACGUGGCGCUGGCUGCCCAAGCAGCAGAAGCGGCUAGGUAUCGGCAAGCCGGUGGUGACUGUCGACCCGAGCACGCCUGACCUGCGCGGAAAACGGCUGGAUUACAUAUUUGCCGGAGCUGGGGACGUGACGGCUAAUGGCGGGGGAUGGGUGGUCAAGCGUGCGGCGGUUGGGAUGAUGAUGCGGCAUCCAGAGCUGGGGUGUUCGUUGAGUGAUCACUUUGCUGUUGAGGCGACGCUCAAGUUUGUUCCUUUAAAACAGCAGCGUGAUAACAACAACAAUAACAACAGCCCUUUUAGCAACAGUCAUCAAACCAUCGAACCAACCACCACCCUCCUUAAUGACGCCGACAACCAUCUCAUCCAAACGGGCACCUGCCUCCAGGAACCAUCAUCUCAAGGCACCAGUGUCGCCGAGGCCGAUGCCGACACCGACACCGACGACAACCUCACCUACACAAAACAGCUCCUUGCCUUCAACUCCCCACCACCUCGCCUACCGCCCAGCGGCUACGACCAAAUUCUCAGUCUAAUCCACAAGUACGUAGCCCGCGAGCGGUCGCAGCUCAAGUGGCGAGCGUACCACUUCUUCUCAUGGCUGGGAGUUUCGAUCGGGUGUCUCGUCGCGGUAUGGUUCGUCCCACGCAACUUUGUUGCCUUCAUCCUCAUGCUCGUCAGCACGCUGGGCUUGGUGGGCGGUACGCUAGACGGUCUGAUGUCGCUUUUGUUUUUCAGGAGCGAGUUGCGGGCGCUGAAGGAGUAUGAGUUCGAGAUCUUGACGGCCAAGGCGCUGGCGGAGGGCAAGACGCCUGUCGUACAGCAGGUUGGCACUGGGGAAGAUGUUGAUGCCGGCAAGCAAUGGUGA